CUUUCUCUCUCCGCCUUCUUCUUCCUCCCGGCUUCCGCGAUUUGGUUUAGUUAGCGCCGGACCGGAGUAGAUAAACCCUAGCCACUAAACGGGUUUGCUGUAGCUUCACCGACCAAUCUUCUGCUGCUGCGUAUUCUUAUUCCUCUUCUUCGUUCAUACUAAGAUGAACUGUGCAAUUUCCGGCGAAGUCCCGGAGGAGCCUGUAGUUUCGACGAAGUCGGGUUUGCUAUACGAGAAGCGGCUAAUCGAGAGGCAUAUAUCGGAUUAUGGGAAAUGCCCGGUUACUGGUGAACCACAUACCAUAACCGACAUUGUUCCUAUCAAAACUGGAAAGAUUGUAAAACCUAAACCAUUACACACAGCUAGCAUCCCUGGAUUGCUCGGAACGUUCCAAACUGAAUGGGACAGUUUGAUGCUAUCAAAUUUUGCUCUGGAACAGCAACUGCAUACCGCGAGGCAAGAGUUAAGUCAUGCUUUAUAUCAGCAUGAUGCUGCUUGUCGUGUGAUUGCGAGGCUUAAAAAAGAAAGAGACGAAGCACGACAAUUGCUUGCAGAGGCUGAAAGGCACUUACCCGCAGCCCCCGAAGUUGCCACAGACAAUGCUGGUCUUAGUAAUGGUAAACGAGCUGCCGAUGAUGGUGAACUGGGGCCCGAUUCAAAGAAAAUGCGACUUGGAAUUUCGGCUCAAGUUAUAACAGAAUUGACAGAUUGCAAUGCUGCUCUUUCCCAGCAGCGUAAAAAGAGACAGAUCCCUCCAACAUUGGCAUCAAUUGAUGCUCUGGAAAAGUUCACCCAACUCUCAAGCCACCCACUCCACAAGACCAACAAACCUGGUAUAUUUUCAAUGGACAUCCUACAUUCCAAGGAUGCCAUUGCUACCGGAGGAAUUGAUACAACUGCCGUUCUCUUUGAUCGUCCUUCAGGACAAAUCUUGUCAACGCUGACUGGUCAUUCAAAGAAGGUUACUAGUAUUAAGUUUGUAGGUGACACUGAUCUUGUUUUGACUGCUUCAUCGGACAAGACAGUCCGUAUCUGGGGGAGUUCCGAGGAUGGGAACUAUGCCUGUAGACAUACAUUGAAAGAUCACUCUGCAGAGGUGCGAGCUGUAACUGUCCAUGCAACGAAUAAAUACUUUGUGUCGGCAUCGCUUGACAGUACCUGGUGCUUCUAUGAUCUGUCCUCCGGUUUAUGCCUUGCCCAGGUAACAGAUGAUUCCGAAAAAGUGGAUUACACGGCUGCUGCUUUCCAUCCUGAUGGUCUCAUUCUGGGAACUGGUACCGCUCAAUCUAUUGUCAAGAUUUGGGAUGUUAAGAGCCAGGCAAAUGUGGCGAAGUUUGGUGGACACACUGGAGAAAUCACAUCUGUAUCAUUUUCUGAAAACGGCUAUUUCCUCGCGACUGCUGCUCUGGAUGGUGUUAGGUUGUGGGACCUGCGCAAGUUAAAGAACUUCCGAACAUUUGAAUUUCCAGAUGCAAACUCAGUGGAGUUUGACCAUAGCGGAUCUUACCUUGGCAUUGCUGCUUCAGAUAUAAGAGUAUUCCAAACGGCUAGUGUUAAAGCAGAGUGGAACCCAAUCAAGUCUCUUCCCGAUCUAUCCGGUACAGGUAAAGCAACAUGUGUUAAGUUCGGUCCGGAUGCAAAAUACAUAGCAGUCGGCUCAAUGGACCGUAAUCUCAGAAUAUUUGGUUUACCUGGAGAUGACAAUACCGAAGAUUCUGCACAAGAUUCAUGAAAAGAUACCUCCAACUGUCAAUUAUCAAGGGCAGUCCCAGCUCGAACCCAUGGCGGGAGGGGCGACCAAUUACCUAGGUCCAACUCUUAUGUUUGGGCUCGAGAGAGGGCCGAUGCUUAAGUGAUGCAAUCUUAAUAGACCUGAUGUCGUUUUGAGUACUCUCCUCAUGAAAUACUUGUCAAAGCAUAAUGUAUUUUUCUCUUCAGUCGUCUCUUUCUUAAAUCUCUAUUUUCUCUCUUCUU